AUGGCACAAAGAGACGACAUCGUAGUCCGUCCGGCCGUGAAGGCAGAUGUUGACGCAAUUGCUCGCAUCCACUACGCUGCUUUGGAGCUCUAUCACGAUUUCUACGCCGCAUUCCUCGCGGUUCACCCCCGCCACACACUACCCAAAAUCACCGCACAAGCAUUGUCGAAUCCAAAAGCAGUAUUCUUGGUUGCCACGACUGGAGAUGGAUCGGAAGUCCUUGGCUUUGUGAGAUAUCACAUUGAAACACCCAUUCCUACUUCAAUAGAACCACCAGCUGCGUCUGAAAUACCGCAACACGAUCAUCCCGCACCAUCUCCCUUUGCUCCGAAAGAGCAUUUAAAGGAAGUUUGGCAACGCCUACAGAACACAGAGGCGCCGCUAAGUGAGCGUUACAAAGUUGAAUCGAAGGACCGGGAGCAUGCAUAUGUGUAUCACUUGAUGAUUGAUCCAUCCCACCAACGACAGGGAAUUGGCAAGCAGUUGAUGGAGGCCGCUAUAUCAGCAGCUGACCGAGUGUCGAUUCCGACAUUUAUCGUUUCUAGUCGAGAAUCGCAUAGUUUGUAUCUUCGGCUAGGAUUUAAGGAUCUUGCAAGUAGAGUUAUCGACAACGAGGCAUGGGCAAAAGAGGUCUGUCGCGUCGAACAGGAAUCUGGGCAGUCGCAGUUCGCAGAUCUCCAGACAAAAUAUUUUGGAAUCACGGAGAUGGAACAUCUCAUGGUUCGAUGGCCAAUUGGCACAUAA